AUGGCUUUGAACACUUUGCUUAUCAUUCUAGCCUGUCCAGUUAUCAUUUCUACUAUUGCUCAAACCACCGUACCAACAGGUAAUGGCCUAAGCUUUCAAUGUUCCUCGGAUCCUUCAGCUAUACCAGCAUUCGCUGGUAGAAGUUAUUGUGAUUCCUACUUAACCACCAAAGCUGGAGGUCAAUGGCCAUUGGCUAACGAAGUCGUAACUGGGUCAUUUUCCAAAGCACCUACAAGUUACUAUAGUACAGCCGUCGGUGAUAUCUAUCUGGUUUGCAAUUGGCAAGAUCCCAUUUUGGCGGGCAAUUACUUUGGAUGUAGAUAUAACGCCGGUGCCGCCUCCGGGGAUACCUUUGCCACGGGUAUAAAGUACAAUCAAGGUGGCCAGGGAUUCCAGCAGAGCUGUCCUGUCGUUCAAGCGAAUAAACCGAGACCAAGUCCAGGUCUUUAUUACAAGAAACGUUUUGGACCAGUCACACAUUCGCUUUACAGUCUGUCUUCUACUGGGCAAACGUAUAUUUGCACUUAUCGUACUACCUCUCCAGGCCAAUCCCAAUGUAGAUACGAUGCAAACGGUCAGCUGUUACCGAACAGCGCUACAGUACCAGCCAAUGUAAAUUGUCUGCUAUCGCAGUGUCAAGCCGUUCAGCCAUACAUGAGAAAGAGAGGUCUACCUCAGCUGGCGGACAAAAGGCAAACUUCCAGACAAAGAAUCAUUGCGAGACAAAAGGAGAUAUCGGGGACGUUCGCAGAUGAGCGCCUCUGA